GAAGGCUUGUCACAGGGGACUCACGUGGACAAGGCGCUCUUAAAACCUAGCUCCUGACUUUUCCUCAAGUUCAAUUUUUUGGGAUUCCCUCCCACCCCAUCACAUCUCGUCCUUUUACUUGCCAGUUGUGACUAUUUAACCCAGUUUACCUCUCCCUUUUUUCGCUUCUGCGGCGCGCAUCAUAUCGUCCCGCGUCUUCCGCCUCUUCCUCUUUUGCUGCUUUCUUUUCCUGCCGCAGCUCUCGGACUCUUCUCUCUCUCUGCUUCCUGUUUUUUUUUAAGGUUUUUGUUGUUGUGCUUAAAAGAAUGCGAACAGUUUUCCUCUGACGCAUGUGUGGCCACAUGACGAGCUGCCCUGAACCUUUUCCUCCGCUGGUCUCUCAGGUCUGACGCGCCUGUACCUGUCCAUGGUGCUGAAACGCAUUUCCACGAAGAAGAAACCGGCUCGCUGUUGCUCCAAAAUCUCCAGAAAUAGUCAAUAUUUCUGCGUCUUUUUCGGGUUCUGCUGGUGAGAUAAUUUCGGCAGUAGCUGGCUCAUCGUCCCGGUGAGGUUUGUGAACUCAAAGCAGAAGGAGUUGAUCCUGAAGGAAGCGGAAAGAAUCGAUAGUGACUCCAUCGAUUUCAGGAGGACUCAUCUUUUCAGACUUGACAAACACCAGAGAAUCGGAUGCAUGGACGAUUGCUGUAACGCAACUUAGACUGGAGAUAUUUUCUCUGUGAAGAACCAGUUGGGAAACUGGAAACAGUGGAUGAAUUCAUUUUAUUUGUAGCGUAUCCAAAAACAUAUUUGUUGGUCCGGGGAGGGGGGUUUUUUCUCCUCUACUGGAUCAACUGAGAAUUCAACGUCCCCCCCUCCUCCCUAAAAUAAAACUUGUCCUGAAUACCAAAUGGUAGUUUGAGGAGGCCGCGAUCAAGACAAUGGAGGCGUCCGCCAACGGGUCCAGUUUUGGCAUCGACUCGCUGCUGUCCCACAGGCCGGGAAGUCCGGUGUCCAAAGGGGACAGCCUGGUGGGGGAGUGCCGCUCGCCUCUGGAGUUCAGCCCGAGAUCAGACGUGGAGAGCGGCUGCUCGUCGCCUCCGUCGCCGAGGAGGGAGUGCGUGGAGGAGGUGGCCCAGAGGCAAGGUCACGGCGUCGGCCUGCCACCGCACCUCCAGCACGCGCAGAUAUCGGCGGGGUCGCAGCAGAGGACCGUGACCUCGUCGUUCCUCAUCAGAGAUAUUCUCGCGGACUGUAAGCCUCUAGCCGCCUGCGCGCCCUACUCCAGCAAUGGACAGCCGACUCAGGAGGCAGGGAGACUGGCCUCGAAGAUAGCGGACGACUUUAUGGAGAAAAUCCACAGCAACUCGUCGUCAGACAGUGAAUAUAAAGUGAAAGAGGAGGGGGACAGGGAGAUCUCCAGCAGUAGAGACAGCCCUCAGGUCCGGCUCAAGAAGCCCAGGAAGGCCCGGACGGCCUUCACAGACCACCAGCUGGCCCAGCUGGAGCGCAGCUUCGAGCGGCAGAAGUACCUGAGCGUCCAGGACCGCAUGGAGCUGGCGGCCUCCCUCAACCUCACCGACACGCAGGUCAAGACCUGGUACCAGAACCGGAGGACAAAGUGGAAGAGGCAGACGGCGGUGGGACUCGAGCUGUUGGCGGAAGCUGGAAACUAUUCUGCCCUGCAGAGGAUGUUCCCGUCCCCGUACUUCUACCCGCAGAGCCUGGUGUCCAACCUGGACCCAGGAGCGGCCCUCUACCUGUACAGAGGCCCCUCGGCGCCCCCGCCGGCCCUGCAGAGACCACUGGUCCCGCGGAUCCUGCUGCACGGCCUGCAGGGGGGCAGCGAGCCGCCGCCUCCGCCGCCUCCUCUGCCCCCCAUGUCCGGCGUGCUUCCCCGGCCGGCUCAGCAGCGGUGAGCCGGCCCCCUGCGCACAGUUUAUUGAACGCUGACCUUGGCAGCUUGGGACUCAUUAGGAGAAAUAAAACAAAGACGGAAAAAGAUGAAAACGUGACGAACAAGAGAAACAUGAAAAUAAAAAAAAAAACUUCUCAGCCUUUACAUGGUACAAACACCGAGAGAGGCUGAAGCCUGUGGACGGAGCUCUGUGACUGAAACUCAAACUGUCUGUGUGGAAGGAUCUUUUUCUGUUUUUUGGGGGGACAUGAGCUUUAUUUAUACCUUAUUUAUUUUUCAACAUGAAUCAAAGUAUUUAAGUUAUGUAUUUAUUUGAUCCCAGCUUCAGUAUUUUCAGUGUUUUUCCCAACAACAGAUAGAAAUGUUGGUGGCACUUCGACCUACAGUUCAAAGCCGAUUACACCCCCUAUUAUUAUUAUUAUUAUUGUUAUUAUCAUCAUCAUCAUCAUCAUCAUUAUUAUGUGGACGUUCCUGGAUAGUGGCAAAGGCGGAAACACAAUAUCCUUCCAUGUAAUUUGAUUAUAAUGUAGUUAAGGGAUCCAAAGGAACAAUUAGUUUUUUUUUCUUUUUUCUUUUCUUUGUAAAUUUGUCAUUGAUUUUUCUUUACACGUGAAGAACAAGCUGAUCAGCAGUCAUAAACCUGUAAAUAAGAAUAUUUUGCAUUUUAUUCGAAAGAGACUGAUUUUAAAGAAACCUUUUUUUUUGGUUUGUUUGUUUGAUCUAUUAGUGCGUCUUUUUCAGACCACGGUGAUCCAGUUUAACAUAAUAGGCUAGAUUAGCCAUCAGAUAAAUAAAUCAAUAAAAAAAAUAAAAAACAUAUUGUCUGAGAAAGGAUGGACUACCUGCCUGGACCCACGUGUGGGCACAAACACGAGAGUUAUGGAAAGAAAGAAAUCUAUAUAGUCUUUUUUCUUGUUCUUAGUUGAAGUUUUAGCGAAGUAAAAAUGUCAAGUAAUUUAUAAAAAAGCAGUUUUCUCCUCGCAGAGGGGUGAACGGGGGGAGCCAGUCACCUCAGUGAUGUUUCUUUUUUUAUUUUUUCGAUAAACAAACCGAUUGGACUCGGUUCCACGUCCAGGUGUAACUGCCUGUCGAUUUGCUAUAGAUGUAUUUGAACAGACGUUGUGCAUUACUUAUGUUAUUUCAUAUGACGCCGUGAUAACCCUUAACUGUUAUACUCUCCUUUGGUGAAAAUGUAUAUUGCAGAUAUCAAACUUGUGGAGUGGUUCUUGUAUAUUUCCUGGAUCGUUUUUAAUUUUUUUUUUUAAUUUUUUUAUCUUAUUUAAUUUUUUUCUUUCCUCUAGCUUCCCCAAACUCUCUCUCCCCCAUUUCGUGAAGUUCAUUUUUUUGUGAAAUUCACAGCAAAAGUUGGACAGAAAAAGGGGGGAUUUGAUGUAAAAGAGAAUUACUUUUAUAAAUGUGGAAAUAAAAGUCUUUCAUUUAAUAACGUGGCUUCGUGAGUAUGUGUGAAACAGAAAGGCCACGAGGCUUGUCAGGUGGAAUCAACACGUGGGGUGCAGGUUAUUGUGUAAAAUGAAUUUCUCCACUUAAAACCUGCAGGAGGUGAACGGAGUAGCAGCAACACCACGGUCUGUAAUGAAACUAAAUAGGACAGCUGUGAUGCAGAGGAAGCGUCACUUUGUUGGGAUUUGUUGAUUCAGAAUUGGAGCUGUUUGUGGUUGCGUUGCAUUAUAUUUUUGCGUUGUCAUGUUAUUUUGAGCACCCGCUAUGUGCAUUAUGCAUGUGUCUUUAAACAGCUAAUUUAACUCAUAAAAAUAUGCAUUAGGGUUGUCAUUCGUUGAACCUGAUUAUAAUGCAAAAAAGAAAAAAAUUAUAAUUUGGCACAAAAUGUAGAAAACGUAAUGGUUUGACACCAAAAUAAAAGCCUGUACCUCACCAAACCAAUAGAAAAAAGACCUUCAUAUUAAACACAGAAUGAUACAUUUAAAGUAUAAAGGCCUGUCUGAUGUUUUUGAGGCAGAGGGCUCGACUGCCCACUGUUUAAAAGCAUGAGUGUUUUUAUUACAAAGUGAUGUGAACACAUGUCGGAGUCAAUGAGCAAAGGUUGGAGAGCUGGGUGGUGCAGCUUUAAUUAAACAACUUCACUUUUCUGGAAGCAGCUCGAAAAUAAACACUAUUUUAAGGGCCCGCGGGUUUCUAUUAGAGGAAAACGUGUUUGAAUGAAUUUGAACAUGUCUGUCACGCGGCUCUCCCUCCUCUGUUUGGUUUAGUGUGGUUGAUUUAAUUUGUUUAAUGUUGAGAUGAAAGCGUGAUAAAAAAAAAAAAAUUAAAAAAAAGUUAAUAAGAGUGUCACAGUGGAGCAAGAGCUUUAACAUCCGUUUCCUUAACCUUUUCAAAAGAAGAGCGGAGAUUUGGAGAGAGAUUUUUUACAACUAACUUCAGUUUGGACAAAUGUUAAUGUUAUUCUCUGUUAAUUACAAAAAUAUUGACUUGUCUUAGGCAACUUAUUUGAUUUCAUUUCUGCGUUUUAUUUAUUUAUUUUUUCUUUUUGAGGAUAUAAAUGUAGGAACCGUUUUGAUUGAAAGGUACAUGAGGGAAAAGUUUGACUAGAAAUUGAUAGCGAAGCGCGCACACCUCACGUAGUACACGCACGCCCCCCACCACCACCUUCUCUCUCUCUCACACACACACACACACACACACACACGUUCAAAAGUGCAAUCAAAGAUCAAUUCCAACUAAUGUCUUUAGAGAAGGGCCAACAAAGCAGAGGGAUGUUCCGUCCAAAAUACAGCCCCUGUCUCCUGUUCGCCCCCCCCCCCUUCCUCCUCCAUCGUUC